AUGGCGUCGCCUAUGGAGUCUAAAUCUUCCCCGCUAUGUCCUUUAUUCUUGUGGAGAGCAUGUAAUGAUAUCCUUCCUACUAAAAAUAAUCUUUACAAGAGGAAAGUGGUUAUUGACCAAUUAUGCCCGAUAUGUAAUUCUGAGGUGGAAUCUGUCGGUCAUGCUUUAUGGCGUUGCGUCUCCGCCCAGGCGGUGUGGUGCUGCUGCGAGGGACCCAUCCAAAAGAGCUCUGUGGCGGCAGAGGAGUUCAUUGAUAUCUUUGAUGCUCUCUGCGACAGACUGGAGGACACGGAGCUUGAGGGGUUCGUCUCAAUCGCACACAAACUAUGGACCCGGCGUAAUAAGGUGGUCUUUGGGGGCACAGUAUUACCUCACACGGUCCUGAUUAAACAGGCCUUAGAGCUAGUGGAGGAUUUCCGGAAAACCCAUCUGGGAACUGCAGAGUUAGGGCAAGGGGAGCUGAUUUCUUAUGGUAGAUGGCACAGACCAGCGCUAAAUAGUAUUAAAAUCAACUGGGACGCAGCUUUGGAUGGCCGGAAAAAACUCAUGGGUGUGGGGAUCAUUGCUAGGGAUUGUCAAGGGGAAGUGAAGGCAGCCAUGUGCGACGUCAUCCCUUACAUAAGGGACCCAAUCAUAGCUGAAGCCAUCGCAGCACGGUUUGCGGUGCUGUUUGGCCGUAAUUUGGGGUUUGAGUCGAUUGAUCUGGAGGGUGAUGCCCGUGAGAUUAUCUUGGCCCUAGAGAACACGGAGGAUGCCGACUCCAUCCAUGGGUUUCAAGGUAGAUGUUGGAAUCUUUGCCUUCUUGGAGAGUCUCCCACGUGA